CUCCUGAAACCAUGUGUUAUUAUGGCAGCUACUAUGGAGGCCUGGGCUAUGGCUAUGGGGGCCUGGGCUAUGGCUAUGGUGGCCUAGGCUGUGGCUAUGGCUGUGGCUAUGGCUGUGGCUAUGGUGGCUAUGGCUAUGGCUGCUGCCGCCCACUGUGCUGUAGAAGAUACUGGUCUUAUGGCUUCUACUGAGGACAUUAUGCAGAUACCCAACCUUUCUGACCAGAAGGGCUUCCAAGUGUUUUUACACCAGGAACUCAAAUAU